CGUAUCUGUCGCAGUGUUAACAUUGCAUGAAAUAAUGAUCAAAUACACCAUAAACGAUACGUUGUUGAGUAAAUAUCAUUAAUGGCAUUCCUAAAAUAUAUGCUAAUCACCUUAACUGUAUCGAUAAAUCGUCGGUUUUUGCCUUACAUUGAUUUUUGUCGCGAUUUUAAACUUGUGUUUACAUCGCCUUUUCCAAAUAUGGACGGCUGUUUCGGGGAAUCCCGCUAUCAUAUGUUUACUUUUGAUCGGAUUUACUUACAUCAACCAAUGAAAAAAAUGGUUACAUUGCUAGUUGAAUGUCGUCAUAGAGGUACACCACGGGAUAACAACACGUUUAUUUUGGUUAUAAAGUGAAAGUAUACAUUUUCACGGCUGGUACUUGUUUACGCCAACUUUGACGUAGAAGAAAGUACAACUACAAGAAGCAUUUUGAUGUCAGAGUCGUACUCACCGCAGGGCGCACAAGAUUUUUACUACGACUUCUGGGGUCAGGUCUCAGAGCCAGAGCCUGAGGCUGAACAGCCGGAUGCGGAGUAUAACGCUAGCCAGGAUUUGUUUGUGAGUCCAGUGAAAAAAGCAGGCUCUAGUGUUAGAAAACGUGACAGUCCAAGCAGUAGUCGAGUUUUUAAAAGAAAGGCGCCUAAACGUCGUAGAACUUCGUCCAUCAUUGUGCCAGGAUACAGUGAUUGGUACAAUAUCAAGUACUCCGGAGAUCCAGCCAUAUACACCUACCAGCUGUUAAAAGACUAUAGCCAGGGAGAUCUUGAAUUACUUGUUCAGUGAUUAAGGUGAUGAAUAUACUAUAGUAACACA